AUGUCAAUAUCAGCAAUAGAUAACAAACAAGUUUCUAUUAAUCAAUCACUACUUGAGACUAAUACUACUACACUAAUUACUAGAGGAGACGAUAAACUUGAAGAAAGUACUAAUGAUAAGAAUCUUCUCAAAAUUGAUCUUGAUUUGGAAACAGUGAAUCUGAAUGAUGACAAAUUCUAAAAAUAAUUUGAGAUUGAUACAUGCUAUUCAAUUGAGCCAUUUAAUAAUCAAUCUCAAGUAAUUGUCGUAAAUCAAACUAACUAGAAGGAUGAAUAGGGGAAUUAUAUCACCAAAGUUCAACGACGAGAGUAUCCUUCCUUAAAAUUGCUUUAAGAAAGGGCACUUAUUAAGACUUUUAAGAAUUAGACGAUAAUCUCAAAGUGUAACAGAUUCAUGGGACUAUAGCAUACUAUUACAUAAAGAAACGAUCUUACUUUUGAUAAACAAGGAUACUUGAUGUACAUUGACUUUUACAGAAUCGAUGGUUUCUUUGAGGGAGAGGGACCUAUCUUAACUAUUGAAGGUAAAGGUGACGAUUUUAACCUAAAAAGAAUCAAUUCUUAUCUACAUUGUGACAAUAAUUUACAUAUAUGGCUUGAUAAGGACUAGUCAUUAUCAAAAACUCACAUGUUUACUACUGUAAUAAACUUAAAGAUAAACCUAGAAGAAAGAACUCCACAAAAUCCAGAGUCUAUUGAUCUAGCAAUGAUCUAUAAUGAUAUUAAGUAGAAGAUUGAUGUGACUUCCCCAGUGGGUACUGAUCAGAUUAUUUCUUUACCAGAUUCUUAAUGUGUGGCGUUUGUAAACUCAACUGACUUUAAAUAAUUCGGCCUUAGUGUUAUUGCAGGCUCUGAGGCUAUAAAAUACAUGCCUUUUGAUCAUCUCAACUAUGUCUAUUUGAUUAUAAACAAAAGGCAAACUGUUAUUUUGAACCCAGAUGAUUUUACAAAGGUAAAAACAAUAUCCCAACCUCUCAAAUUCAUUUAAAACACCAAGAUGGCUUAUGAUAUGGACUUAAAUUUUUUCUAAAUAGAUAAUAAUCUUGGAAUUACUCAUUUGGCAUAGCUUAGACUUCCACCUAAUCAAGAUUUUCUAAGAGUUGGCAAGAUAAGCAACAAUAUCAUAUAUGUACUGGCAUUUAAUUAAUCUGAUAAGAACAAGGGUGACUAGAAUAUGUAUAUGUUUGACAGAUUUACAUUCAAGCUAAUUAACAAGACACCAAUGCAAUUCAAAUUGAAAGUAAAAUCAGCCAUUCUACUUUAGACGACAGACAAUUAUAUCUUAUACACAAUGUUGAAUGUUCUAUACCAAUGUAAGCCCUAUUACAACCAUCCUCUCAGCCAGGGAAGAACUAAGAUUUUUAAUGAUGAGCUUGAUUUCUAAGAACUCAUCUUUGAUCAUAAAGCUGUUUGUCUCAACAAAAACAAUCCAAACUUAGUCGAAAUUUAUGAUUUACUGACUCAGUAAGUUGUUCAUAAGUUUGCCUUAAAGAAGGCUGGAGCUGUAAAAUACUUAUCAAACAUAAAAACUCUCUGCUAUAUAAUGACUGUUGAUAAGUCUAAUUUCCUAAUCAGUCAGAACGAUACAUCGAUUCAGAUCUCUGUACCAGAACUUAAAGAAUAAUUAAAUUUGGCUAAAGUUGUUUCAUAUACUGAUGAUAAAAUCAAAGUUCUAAUUGGAACAGCUACUUAAUUAUUCCUAAUGGAAGUGAAUAAUGAUAUGGGCUACAAAAUUGAAUAAAUCCACAAGAAAACAGAAACAAAAUCACUUGAUAAAAUCAUUUCACAUAAUAACAAUCAUUACUUCCUAUAUGCAAACAUGAGAACUAUUAACAUCUUUGACUAUCAGACUAUGACUCACCGCAAAGAGCCAACAAAUUAAAAGAAAUUUUUCUUUCAUAUGGCAGUUAAUGAAGAUCUUUCUAAGCUAUUCUGUCUUACAAGUGAAGAUUUACUUUAUAUUUAUGAUUGGGAAACUCUCAAGGAGAUUGAAACUCCAAUGAAAAAAAUGGUAAAGCCUAAUAUAAAGAGUAUGAGAAUUCAUGGGGAAUUCCUUAUAUUCUAGUUAAAUACAAUGGACAUGCAUAUAUUUAAGCUUGAAGGAGACUCUUACUCACAAGGAAUUUUCAUUAAGUUUGAGGAAAAUGCCAAGGAGUAUAAGCAUUUGAUGGAUUAAAAUACACAGCUCCCUUUAUAUGGCUAUAACUCAGAUGAUGGCAUGUUUGAGCCAUUUGAGUUUGUGGGAAAUAACUACGGAGACUAUAGGUAUAAUUUGAAUGAUGUGGCAUCGGUUCUCUAUCAUGUACCAAACGCAGAUAAAAUAGAAUAUAUAAAUUACGAGGGAAAAGUAAAAUACUACCAUGAUGUAAACUCUUAGAUGAUUGGGCAACUUGAUGUGAACUUUAGGACAGAUUAAUUAAUUUAAAUUAGAGACUGCAAAAACUGGACUGAUAAUUAAUUGAUGGAGUUAAUCAAUAGCAGUUUUGAUUCAUGUCUUAAAUACUACCCUAAUAUGGGAAAUCUAGUCAAUAAAAUCGCUCUUCGACCAGUCAUGCUUGACAAUUUGAUAAAGAGAGUUUAAGUCACUCACUAAGAUGAACUGCCUAUCUUAGUUCUUCAGAGCAGGCCUAAUGUUCAAAAUCCUUUCGAUGAAAGUAUUGAAGCAAACUAAAUCAAGAGUAUCAACUUGAUACUGCAAAUUCUCGUAAGAUUUUAGAAUAAUCAUUGCUUUAACUACAUUAUUGGCAAGCAUUUGAAGACACUUAUCGAUAAGAGUUUUGAUCUAAACGAUUAUUUUGAGUCUGAACUUCCAAUAGUAAAGAUUAAUGAUCCCAAAUUUACUGAUAUGCAUUAAGAUUCGUCAGAAAUUUAUGCAGGUGUCAGUUCAAUAGGCCACCCUAGGUAAAUUCUAGACUACUAUGAUUAAAUUUUUGAUAAUUCAAUUGAAAAGAAAUCAGAGGAAAAGGAUGUUAUCCAAAGUCCAAUCGAGUAUUUCUUGGUAAAUCUGCCAGAAUGCUUGGCAGAAGAUCCUAAGAGUCUAAUGGAAUCUAUAGCUUCAUCUCAAAGAAUCGAAAUAUUUGAAAACUUAACCAUCCAAUCCAUUAUUAUUUAUAAAUGGAGCAAUUACACUUAGAUGUACUUCCAGAGAAAGCUCCUUAUCUUCUUGAUUUUUAUCGCUGGCUUUGUCUUUGAAGCUUACUACUCUUUGGAAAAUAUAGAAAGAGAGGAUGAUACGGUGAAGGAUAAUAGAUUAAUUGGUGUUAUCAUAUCUACCAAGAUCAUUUGCUCACUAGUACUUCUCUACUUUAUUAUUGACGAAGUUAAAUAGCUCAUUAAAUCAGGAAAGGAAUACUUCUAAGAGUGGUGGAAUAUCUUCGACAUGCUUUUGUUCAUUACUUAUUUCUCUGAGAUGAUAUGUGAAGCUUUUACUGUUAACUCGGAUGUGAUUGUAGUUAUGAAGGUGACAAUUAUGUUCUUAGCUUUCCUCAAGGUUAACUUCUUCCUCAGAAUUUAUGAUGGAUUCAGUUUCCUUGUAACUAUGAUGUCAGGGGUAUUCUCAGAUUUGAAAUACUUCUUAGCAUUCUUCACAAUCUUCAUUUUCUAGUUUGGAAUAACUUUCAUGAUCUUGUUCCAUUAGAGACCUAUUAGUGAAUAUUCAGGUAUUUAAGGACUUACCUAUUACUUGAUGGCUUUUAGGACUUCCUCGGGAGAUUUCAAUGUUGAUGACUAUUCUAACCAGGGUAACUUAGUUAUCAUUAGUUGGAUGAUUUGGAUAGUAGCUGUGCUUGUUUUGAACAUUAUCUUCAUGAACUUUAUAAUUGCUGUUAUUUCUGAAUCCUAUGAAAAGGUAAUGCAAAAGUCUACAGCUGAGUCCUUUAGAGUCAAAGCCAAAAUGAUUGUUGAAAGGGAGAUGGAAUUCAGUGAAUCUGAUCUCUUCAAUCAGUCGCUAUUCCCUAAGUACAUUUUACUCAGAAGAGCCGUUGAGAGUAUUGAGGGUGACAAAGGAGAAUGGCAAGGAUUUAUUAAGGAUUUGAAGCUUACAGUCAGAAGUUCAGCAAUGAGAACCAAGUCUGAAAUAGUUUCUUCAAUUAAUUCAUUCUAAGGUAAAAUGCAAGACAGUUUGCAAAAAGUAAACAACUUAGAAGUUCUGUAACAAGACUUCCAGAGAAAAUUCGAUUCUCACUAGAGAGAUGUCUAGGAGUAGUUGAAUCAAAUUAAGUCUUUAUUAGUUAAAAGCUUGGCCAAAUGA